CUACAAGGAAAUGCGACAGUCUACGCGUCAAACGUUGUUUCAAAUGUCUACUCAGUCCUAUAUAAGACCCCAUGUUUCGUUACUAUCUCACAUCAGAUCUACAUCCCCGGUGUCAGACUCAUAGCUGGAUAUUCUGAAUCUCAACCAUGGAAUCUGUCUUGUCUCUUGCUCUGCUGUGCGCAUGCGCCCUGGUAUGUUCCGGUGCUGUUUAUAACCGAUAUCCAUCUUCCGGGCAGUACCCGGAUGUACACUACAGAGAUCAAUACUACCCUAACAACUACCCUGGCAACCAUUACCCAAACAGAUAUCCUACUGAUGUGUGGGGAGGACACUCUCAGGGACAUAUUAGAAGAUACCGUCGAUCUGUGCCGUCACAUGUCAAUGGGUACCCGAGUUACAGACAAACCUACCCGUCCAAUGACUACCCUACCUAUCCAUCACACCUACCUUCCUACCCUGAGCACGUGAACACCUACCCCGGACAUCAAGACCAUUAUCAACAAGGUCAGCGAUGGAACCAGUGGGGAUCCCAGUCCGGCACUCAGAAAUAUGGCUCUUACCGGGGAUGAAGAGAUAACCGAUGCUGCAUCCAUGACCUGAAUGACAUCCAGACUUGAAAUCCUGACUACUUGAUCUGCAAUGUACAAGUCUUUCAAAUAAAUAAACUUUACAUUA